AGUUGGGAAAACAUGGCCGCGAUGGGUGGGAACCAGAGGCAGAUGAUGGAGGAUGCGGCGGAGGACAAGUUCCCGGAGGGGUUGCGCGUGCUCGCGGUGGACGACGACCGUGUCUGCCUCAAGGUACUAGAGGUCCUCUUGCGCCACUGCAAGUACCAGCCAACAAUGGUGAUGGAUGCCAAGAAGGCGCUGAAGAUACUCAGGGCGGGGAAGGAGCAAUUCGACCUGGUCCUCACCGAUGUGCGCAUGCCGGACAUGGACGGCUUCCAGCUCCUCGAGCUCAUCGGCCUCGAGAUGGAUCUGCCCGUCAUCAUGCUAUCAGUGGAUUGCGACAAGAAGGCCGUGAUGAAGGGGAUAAAUCAUGGGGCGUGUGACUAUUUGAUGAAGCCAGUGCAUACCAACGAGCUCAAAAACAUAUGGCAGCAUGUUCAAAGUAGGAGAAGAUCCCAAGCAAUAAGCCACAUGAGUAGAGAUAAUGAUGACGACCAGAGAGUACAUCCUGGGACGCUUGCCAAGAAUAAGGACUCCAAGAGUAAGAGCAAUGAAAAAGAUGGUUCUAACGAGAACAAAGAGAGCACUCGUGCAUCCACUACCCACAAGAAUACAAGGGUGAAAUGGACAAUUGAGCUUCAUAACAAGUUUCUAGAAGCUAUCAACCAGAUCGGCCUUGAUAAGGCUGCUCCAAAUAAGAUAUUGGAGCUGAUGAAUGUGGAUUGCCUCACUAGAGAUAAUAUUGCGAGUCAUCUACAGGUUUAUUUUUUAUCCCCGUGCUUAAUUUUGAUGUUUGCAUUACUAUUAUUCAUAGUCUAACAUUUUUUCAUAUAUCAGUACAAGCUUUUAUUUUGUAAGAACAUAACAAUCAAAGCUUUAGUAAUGCACUGAUCACGAACAUGUGUGUGAUUGUAAUUCCUUUUGUCCCUGGAAAUGUAAGGCAUAUCUUGUACAAUGCAUGACACGCACAUUCUAUUAGAAGUUGUGCAACACUUUUAGUUCUUUUUGUUCCCACAUUCUAUACAGAUCUAGCUCCUCCUAUAGUGCAUGCAUAGUAUCAUUCCCAACACACCCAUCAUAGGCAUCGUGCACAUGACAUGCACUUUAUGAAGGUAGAACGGUAGUAUGACAACACAAUUUCAUAAAAGAUCUGCAACACGGCCAUGGUAAGUGUUUGCGGUAGGUCCGAGGAAAUUCCCACCGCCGAGUUCCACAUCUACCAGUCGCCAUCCUCUCUCCGGGGCUAGCCCAACGACCAUAAUACGGAGGCCGCCCUCUGCCACCUCAGCAUCCUCGACUUCACGUGACUCCAACUCUCGGAUUGUAUCCCCCGACACGACCACGUCUUCCACCUCGUCGUCUCCUACCACCUGCAGAGGCGAUGGGGCUACUAGUCCUGCGCCUACAUCUGGGGGACCCACGUCAAUGUCAACCGCGAGUCCUUCCUCAACACAACAGACAUUGAACUCCAACCCAUGACGGAGCACAAGGAGCUCCCUCCCAACUUGAACUCGGACGCGGGUACCUACACCGUCUUGCAAUUCAUAGAAAUGUGUAUCCACCCCGAGUUCCAUGUCAAAGACAUGUUGUCGUCAAAUGUGUCGGAUGCGAUUGAGAAAGCAAUGGUGGGGUUAGCGCAUAAGUUUGGCUGGGCGCAGCUGAUCUGGGACCUAGUCCAGAAUGAGAUUCUCGAAUUGUCAACCAGGGAUGAUAAAAAUUCA